GACUGACAAUCGACAGUCGUUCACUAUCUGAGUAGUAGUACGCUCGGUGUCACGCUGGACACUUCUCCCUUUUAUACUAUCUAUAUACAUAUAUUUAUAUUAAUCCCAACAAACCCUUUAUUUUCUUCUUCCUUCAGUGUUCUUUGAUACUUUUUUUUUAUUUAAAAUGUCUUUCUCAUUUAAAUCUCAAACAAAUUAAGUAAGUAAGCAACAGUAGAAAAAAAAAAUUAUUGUCAUUUGAAAAAAACGAAGAAAUUUUCAAAUAAAAAAACUAUAAUCAUGAAAAAAAAUUGAGACAGUAAAAAUUCUUCUUACUGCAAGUAUAAAAAAAGUAUUAGAAAAAGAAAGAAAGAGAGAGGGAGGGAGGGAGAGAGAGAGUGCAUGCGUAGAUGUAAAAAAGGGAGAACGAUAUAGGAGAAAGAAGAUAAGAAUUGUUCUCCGAGACACCUGGCGCCAAGUCACCCUCUUAUCGGCCCCACUGUCGUUCACCCUCGACUCGCUGGUCAGAGGGUCAAUCAUCCCUUCUACCUGUCCACAACUCGCACUCUCUUGCAGUUUUGCCGGCGAUCGAUUUCGCAGACUACAAGCAAAACAGCCUUUGAACGCUUUCGAGAGGUAUAUAGGCUCAGAUAAAGAAAAGGCUAAGAAAAAUUUUAAGAAAUUUCAAAAAAGAAAUUUUUUUAUUUAUUUAUUUUGUGAAAAAGAAGUUCAAAAAAGUUCUUCUUUGAAAUUAAUCCCAGUGCCGAUGAGGAACACUUGGCGAAAAAGAUACUAUUAUCUGAAAAAAUUGAACGGUAGAAAAAUCUGCCGUAAAGGAAAACAAUUUAUCAAGAGGGAAAGAAUCGAUUAAAGAUCGAAACUUUUUGGAGGACAAGAAAGAGAGUGAGAGAGAGAGGGAGAGAGGGGAAACAGGAGAACAUUUCCAAAGAGUUCAGUGGAAGCGAGCUCAAGUUUCAGUUUAAUCAAGGGCAACGAGAGCCAUGAACGAGUCUGUUGUGGCUUUUCUGAUGAUGUUGUUAUUAGGGUCAGGUCAAACGUUCCUGACCCAUAGAUCCAUAAGACAAGUUGAGAUCAAUUUAUCCAAAAAUCAAAAUUAUUCCAAUCUCACACCAAAAUCAACAAUAUCAUCAUCAUCAUCAUCAUCGAAUUCUCCAGAGACAACAACAACAACAACACCAAACGAAUAUAUUUGCAUAGAAAUCUCACCAAAUCUUCCGCCUUGCAAUUACAACAAGGUUGAGAAUUCAAUGGUGGAGAAGGAGACUCUUAAACAAAUUCAUGCGAAGAGAAAAAGAGAUAUCCCAAAAUCAUUAAUAGUUUAUAAGAUAGAAGGAUGUAGACCUUCACGGUUACCUUUUCGAUACCCAUAUUGUAAGCCCGAGGAAUCGACAAGUCCAUUUGCAAAAAUACAAAAUUUACGUCCAUUUAAACCAAAAGAAGUUUAUAAAACUGCUCCUCAAGUUUUUCCAAAAAUCAACCACACCGAUUGGUUAGAGCAAAUGAAGCAACUACAAUUAGAACAUCAAAUUAAAACUCAAUUCGAAGACAAGCCUAAUGCCAGUGAGAACAGAAUUAAACAAAGGCAAAUAUUCGAAAAAUAUAAUUCAAACAAAAUUUGGAACAACAUUCAAGAUGGUGCUGAUGACGAAGAAGAAGAAGAAGAAGUCUACAAAGAAAAGAAAAGACUAUCCAAUAUGAAAAAAACAAUACACAAAACACAAAAAAGAAUUGAAGAAGAUAUUCAAGAAGCAAGAGGUCUGGAUCAAGAAUUAGAUAAACUUGUCGCUGAAUUGGAAUUUCCUUAUUCAAGAGCAAUUCCUUUUGAUCCGGAAAAAUUACAAGUUGCAAGAGUAGGAAGUGAAUUUCCUUAUUCAAAAGCAAUACCAUUUGAUGCUGAAAAAUUACAAGUUGCACGAGAAAGAAGUAUCAUUCAUCCAUAUUGGAAGGAUAUUCUCUAUAGAAUGCAAAAUAAUUACCAACUUCCACAUAAUUUCGAUGACUAUUCCGAUGAAUUAUUAUCAUCAUAUGAAAAUAAUUUUCUCUAUCCAAAAAGAAGUCAUCAUUCACGAAAAUUACAAAGUGUACAUAAUAAUUAUAUUAACAAUAAUAAUAAUAAUAAUAAUAUUAAUAAUAAUAAUAAUAAUAAUAUUCAUUCAAAACAAAUUUUGAGCAAUAUUAUUAACGAAGAAAGUACGACUCGAGAAAAAUUAAAUAGACUCAGUAGCGAUAAUUGGGAGAGAGAAAAGAAGACUUUUCUUCAAAAAGAAACUAAUUAUCAUCAAAAACCAAUGAGACUUAGGAAAAAACUGCAACAUCAAUCUCGAUCUUCAUUAAAGGAUAAAGAACAUAAAUUUCAUUAUACAAACAAUAGAAUUGAAGAAAUUGAAUCCAUUGGCGAAGGGAAACCUCAUUAUUUGUCUAGAAAUUUAAGAUUUAUUGAAGAAGGUAGAGAAUUUCCAUAUACAAAAGCAAUUCCAUUUGACGCUGAAAAACUUGCCAUUGCUGCUGCAAGAAAAAGUGAUUUAUCAAAACAAGCAUUUCAUUCAAAAUUAUCGACAAAUUCAAAAGAACAUAUCUCUAGAAAGCCUUUGGCUUUUAACGCUGGCAACAAUUUGUCUCCAUUACUUUUUGUUCCGUACAACAGUAGAAGACCUUCAAUUCAUCAUUCAAAAAAUCAACGAAAAAAAUCAUCUUGAAAAUAUUUUUUUUUUCUAAUUAUCAAUAAAAAUGCAAAGAGUCGGAAAGAAGAUUUUUUUUCCUAAAAAUUUUAAUUCAUUUCUUAGUUCAAAUCUUAAAACUUCAACUUGACAAUUGUUCAAAAUUAAUUACAAUUUUAUGAAAUUAAGAUUUUGAAAAUUAUUUCUUUUACUUUCUACAUUUGUUCCGACUCUUUAAAUCCUCUUUAAGAUUAUCUGAAGAUAUUUGCUGCAAUUAUCUGCAGCAACAUUUUCACAAUUCACAUUCCUUUUUUUGUAUUUUGACUUAAACGUGUAAUAUUCCAUCGCAAAAGACUACCGCACAUAAAAAAUACAAAGAAAAAAAGUUAAAAAAAAAAAGAAAAAAAAAGAAAAUUCAUGAGAGAAAAAUAAAAGAGAUUCUUAUACUUUUGUAGGUGUAAGAUGUAAUUUAUUUUAAAUAGGUCUGCAUCUUUUAAAAUCAGAUUGCAUUGUUGUUUAUUAUAAAAAAUAAUGUGCUGUGGCCUUUGACAUUAAAAAAGCUCGAUUUUAAUUUGCAUGUAUAUCUUCUUCAUUAAUUUAUUUUUUUGUCUCGAUUAUAAAAAGGGGCUGUGCAAGUGACUCAUUUUUUUUUAAAAAAAGGCUGACUUUUUUGUCCUUAUUGUUGCCUUUAUAUUAUUUCGAUGCAAUUUGUACCGAUCUCGACUUUGCACGGAAAAAAAUAUCGGCCGAAAUAGCAAUAUGUAUAAUGUUACAAGUUGCAAUUUUAAUUUAAUUUUCUUGAAAUUCAGAAAAUAUGAAAUAUUUAUCUUCUGAUAAAUGAAAAAUUGAAACUUGUUACAAAAGUAGUUUUUAUAAUUAGUUAUAAUAAAUAAAUAAGUUUUAAUUACAGUAGAAUAGUAAUCGCUUAUCGAACGCAUAAAAAAAUUACAUAAAAUUGACUCAAACCCAUGUAUUUUAUAGCUUAUUUAUAGCUUCUUGCUAUAUAUAAUAGACUCAGUAGUCAAUAUCUCAAAAAAAUGCUAAUAUUUUUUUCUGUGUGCGAUCCGCAUGGAAUAUGUGAUAUUACUUGAACUACGCAUUAAAAUAGUCAAUUUGUGAUCGACCUGUAGUCUUAAAAUUGUGACAGCAGGUGACAAAUAUUCGCCAGCGCAAAAAUCUAAUAGUGAAUUCUAGAAGUAGAUUGUAAAAUGUAUAUCGUUAAUUACGUAUAAAAGUUUCCUGGAACUUUUUUUAAAUUAUAGUUUACAAAUUUGUAAGUAAAAUAUUUGUAUAGGA